GUAUCUGUCGUUUCCCACUAGUGCCGCCUAGUGGAACAAGUAGGAGGAAACCCCGUAGGAAGUAGAUUACUUACCCUACAAUUUCCAAGAUGGCGGCAUCAGAUGGAGAUGAUUCCCUGUACCCUAUUGCUGUACUCAUUGAUGAACUUCGCAAUGAGGACGUACAGCUGCGCUUGAAUAGCAUCAAGAAGUUGUCAACCAUUGCUUUAGCCUUAGGGGUGGAGAGGACCCGCACAGAGCUCCUUCCCUUCCUUACAGAUACCAUCUACGAUGAAGAUGAGGUGCUACUUGCACUUGCCGAGCAGCUCGGUAACUUCACCAUGCUGGUGGGAGGCCCAGAGUACGUGCACUGUCUCCUGCCCCCACUGGAGAGCCUGGCCACCGUAGAGGAGACGGUGGUGCGCGACAAGGCUGUGGAGUCUCUGCGUAAGAUCUCUCACGAGCACUCCCCCGUGGACCUGGAGGUGCACUUCGAGCCCCUGGUGAAGCGCCUGGCCAGCGGCGACUGGUUCACCUCCCGUACCUCCGCCUGCGGCCUCUUCAGCGUGUGCUACCCCCGCGUCUCCAGCACCGUCAAAGCCGAGAUCCGACAGCAUUUCCGCAACUUGUGUUCCGAUGACACUCCCAUGGUGAGGCGUGCCGCUGCAUCAAAACUGGGAGAGUUUGCUAAAGUCUUGGAGUUGGAGUAUGUCAAGAGUGACAUCAUUUCCCUCUUUACAGCUCUGGCUUCUGAUGAGCAGGACUCUGUGCGGCUCCUUGCUGUGGAGGCUUGUGUCAGCAUCGCCCAGCUCCUUCCCCAGGAGGAUCUGGAGAGCCUCGUCAUGCCCACCCUCCGCCAGGCAGCUGAGGACAAGUCAUGGAGAGUCCGCUACAUGGUGGCCGACAAGUUCUCUGAACUCCAGAAGGCAGUGGGACCAGAGAUUACCAAAAACGAUUUGGUACCUGCCUUCCAGAACCUUCUUAAGGAUUGUGAGGCCGAGGUUCGGGCCGCUGCAGCAAAUAAGGUCAAAGAAUUCUGUGAAAAUUUACCAGAGGAUAGCAGAGAGACAAUCAUCAUGACUCACAUACUGCCUUGUGUGAAGGAACUGGUUUCCGAUACCAACCAGCAUGUCAAGUCUGCUCUAGCGUCAGUCAUCAUGGGCUUGUCCACUAUCCUGGGAAAAGACAACACUGUCGAACAUCUGCUGCCCCUGUUCUUGGCACAGCUCAAAGAUGAGUGCCCUGAGGUUCGUCUGAACAUCAUCUCCAACCUGGAUUGCGUCAACGAGGUGAUUGGCAUCCGCCAGCUGUCUCAGUCUCUGUUGCCGGCCAUUGUUGAGUUGGCAGAGGAUGCCAAGUGGAGGGUGCGUCUGGCCAUCAUUGAGUACAUGCCCCUGCUGGCUGGACAGCUGGGUGUGGAGUUCUUUGAUGAGAAACUGAAUUCUCUGUGCAUGGCAUGGCUUGUUGAUCAUGUUUAUGCCAUCAGGGAGGCUGCCACAUGUAAUCUGAUGAAGCUGGUGGAGAAGUUUGGUGCCGAGUGGGCGCAGAACACCAUUGUGCCCAAAGUGCUGGGCAUGGCCAACGACCCCAACUACCUCCACAGGAUGACCACCCUCUUCUGUAUCAAUGCCUUAUCGGAGGCGUGUGGCCAGGAGAUCACCACCAAACACAUGCUCCCCGUGGCCCUGAAAAUGGCCAACGACCAGGUGGCCAACGUCCGCUUCAACGUGGCCAAGACCCUGCAGAAAAUUGGCCCAGUGCUGGACAGCAAUUCUCUGCAGGCUGAGGUGAAGCCGGUGCUGGAGAGGUUGGCCACAGACACAGACAUGGAUGUCAAGUACUUUGCUCAGGAGGCCAUUAGUGUUCUUGGCCUGGCCUAGAGGAUCCACACAGAAGAGGAACCUUCUGCGUCUCACGCCUCAAACCUCAGUACUGAUGUCUCAUCAUAUAUUUGACAUUUUAACACACUUCAAUGGUGCAGAGGGAGUCGGCGUAUCUUCUGGGCAAACUCUGUUUUCACUGUAGUUCUCUCCACACUAUUCUGGUCACUUCCUCUUCAGGGCAUAAGACCAUUUGGGUCUGAUGUUCAUGAGCCACUCCAAUGUCCCUGUCCCUGUCCUGUACACUCACUGACCUUCGACCCUUUGAGCUUUCCCGUAGCACUUUGUUAGGUGGCAUUGUCUACUUAGGCCACAAGCGCAUCUGCACCAGUUAGAAGAACAAAAAUGAAACGAGGACGGACGCGGUCGGCUCACUAGCUCCCAAGUGUGAUUUAGGGUAACGGGAGAGUGUGCUGUGAGUCUGUGCCUGCGUUCCUAGUGGUUGUGCCCGGGCCGGCUGCAGCACGGCUCAGUGCAUGCGUAGAGCAUGGCUCAGGCCUCCACCCCACCUGCUUGUACAGUAUGCCACUGGUGCACACCAUCAGACGUUCAGCUACAGAAGACCUCAGUCCUCCACAGACAAAUGCAUUAUUAACAUGGCCCUUUUCCUAUAGGGACCACGAUGAAACUCCCUUCACCACCUUUACUGUACCUGAUGCACACACUGACACAGACCUUCUCUUAUCUUGGCCAUUUUAAGCCCCUCCCCCUCUUUGCUUUUCUGUGCCAUUAACCAUGGACCACACAUCUCCCUUCAAUUUCCCCUAUUCUUUUCUUAAGGACCUUAGUUCAUAAUAAAAUGUUCUGUAUGCUGAGUUUUAACUUUCAUUUAUCAUUUGUACAGAAACAGUUGCAUGAUAUUCUCAUAUACUGUUGAAUUGGAAGAGAUAAUUGGGUGUCAUUGCAUCAGGAAGUGUUGAAUUUGUCGGGAUGUUUUAGGCGCUACACGCUGUACAUGGCGGUGACCCAUUAGUUUCAGAUGUAAACUGACAUCAGUUGUAGGGAUGUAACUACUGUAUCUGUUGUGUCUUUAGAAUGUGUCUUGUUUAUGAACAUGUUGCAUCUCCUUCCUUCUGGCGCAAGGCAGAGAAAUGUUUUGAGAAUAAUCAAUAAAGAAGCCGAGGUAACUCAA